AUGGACCAGGACGUGAAGCUUGCGCGUGACAUAUUAGCGCAGGAGGAAGAGGUUCCUACUCCAUUUGCGACAGAAGAUAAAGAUUUGAUGAAUCUGGUAAUGGAAGCCAACCACAAGACCUCUGAGCCGUUGGGCCAAGCAACUCAGGCUGAGGGGCUAGAAGCCAUUGCCACUCCCGCUCCGAGCGCGAGUCAGCCGCCAGCAUUACCACCACGUGAGAGUGUGCCGUCAUCCAUGGAUUCGAAGAUACCUUCUGGCAUUGCGGAAGUGAUCCCUUCCGCUGCUGCAGCUGUGGACGGUUCGCUGGAAAAGACGGGAACAACAUCGUCGGUGCCGACCUCGUCUGGUCACAACCGCUUGCAGCUCAUUGACGAAAAGCAGCGAUUCCAUACGGCUGAGUUCCAUGAGCACUUGGAGGCAUGGAAUAUGGACCAUGUGGGAUUCGGCUACGAUAUUUGUGCCGUGCUUGGCUCCCAAAGCACGGGUAAGUCAACGUUGCUCAACCGCUUGUUUGGUACCAACUUUGAUGUGAUGGAUGAGCGCUCGCGACAGCAAACCACCAAAGGUAUUUGGCUGUGUCGCGGUAUGGACCGCAAUGUGCUUGUGAUGGAUGUGGAAGGUACGGAUGGACGUGAGCGUGGCGAGGACCAGGACUUUGAGCGCAAGUCGGCCCUGUUUGCGCUGUCGACAGCAGAGUGCCUGAUUGUGAAUAUGUGGGAGAACCAAGUGGGUCUGUACCAGGGUGCCAAUAUGGGCCUGCUGAAGACGGUGCUGGACGUACACCUCUCUCUCUUCCAAGCGGGACGUGCCCGAGCUGGCGGUGCGAAGGAAAAGACGCUGCUAUUGUUUGUGAUUCGCGACUUUAUCGGGACGACGCCGUUGUCGAACUUGGAGACCACCGUUCGUGUGGACUUGCAGCGGAUCUGGGCAAGUCUGACCAAACCGGAAGCGCUGCAGGAUGCAGAACUGGGCGACUUUUUCGAUCUCAUGUUUACUACGCUACCGCACAAGGUGCUGCAAGCGAAAGAGUUUGAUGCUGGUGUGCAAGACCUGCAGCGUCGGUUCCUGGACCGCCAAGACCGUGACUAUGUGUUCCAGACACAGUACCACAAGCGGAUUCCGAUCGAUGGCUUGCCGCACUACUUAGAGAGCGUGUGGGAGCAGAUUGUACAGAACAAGGAUCUUGAUUUGCCGACACAGCAGGAGCUUCUUGCGCAGUUCCGUUGCGAUGAGAUUGCAGCAGCCGCCUCCUCAGCAUUCUCGGCGGCGGUACUGGCCCUGCGUACCUCGCUGGAGACGGGCAAGGUGCUUCCAGGCCUCGGGGAGGCGAUGGCGACGCACCGCGCUGAGGCGCUGGCCAUGUUCGACAGGGAUGCGAGUCGCUACCAUCACGGUGUGUAUGCACGUCAGCGCAAUGAGCUGCUAUCGAAGCUGAAUGUGUCUCUCUGGCCGUUUGUACAGACGCAGCUGAAGAACAUGCAUGUGCACCUGCUGACGCAGUUCAAGCAUGCGAUGCGGGAUGGUGUGCUGCAGCCAUCGUACAACUUUGGCGCGUUAGCCAGGGAGGCGCAGGCGCAAGCGUUGGCGGACUUUGAUGCCGAGACGACGUCGCUCUUGCUGUCGGAUACCGACUGGCGCAUGGACGAGCAGCGUGCUCAGCUUGUGGACGAGAUCCAAGCGACGGCGCGUACGCUGCGCAAAGAGGAGAGCCACAAGGUAUCGUACGCCAUUGAGAAGGAGAUGCGUCGGCAAAUGGCGGAGCCGUUGGAGCUGGCGUUGGCCUCGCCCAGCGAUACCAUGUGGGACGAUGUGCUGAAAGCGUUUGCCCGUGUGAGUGACGAGGCGGUGAGGACGUUCCAGGCUCGUUCGGAGAGUCUCAACAAUACACCUGACGAGGAGGCUGAGACUCUUCGUGCCCUGCAGCAUGCUGCAUGGCGUUUGUGGCUGGCCAAAGUCCAGGAGCAGACGUCGGAUGCCGUGCUGAGUAUGCGUCUGCGAGGCACGUUUGAAGAUCGAUUCCGAUACGAUGCGGCGGGUGUGCCGCGGGUGUGGAAGCCGACCGAUGACAUGGACAGCGCGUACGUCCAAGCGCGCGAUGCGACGCUGGCGUUGAUCCCUGUGUACGCCACGGUGGAGCCUAAGGAUCCGACGCUGAUAGCGCCGCUGCAGGCCGCUUCGCAAGCAGCUGUUGCCGCUCCUGAUGUGCUCGCACAUGACGACACGCCGAGCUGGGAGGAGGCGAGGCAGGUGCUUUCGGAGCUGCGAUGCACAGAGCUUGGCCAGCGUCUGCGCAAAGACGCCGAUGCCUACUAUCUGGAGGCGAAGCGCAGCACGGUCUCGAACAUGUCGCAAGUGCCUACGUGGAUGUAUGCUCUGCUCUUGGUGCUGGGAUGGAACGAGAUGAUGGCUGUGCUGCGCAAUCCGCUGUACUUUACCUUGCUGUGUAUGGUGCUGGCGGGUGUGUAUGUGACGUGGCGUCUGAACCUCACGACGCCGGUCCUGACACUCGCAGGCACGCUCACGCGCGAGGUGCGUACGAUGGUCGAGGACCAGCUGCGGCAGUACCUGCACCCGACCCCCAUGUCGGCAGGCCCGGUGCGUGCGGAGGCCUACGAAAUGACACAGAGCACGUCGCGCAACCGUGGACGUACGGCCGCCGAGCACGCGCAGCGGCCCGCGGCAGCAGUGGCCGACGCAGCGCAGGAGCCGCGUCUCCCUGCUUCGUUCUAG